AUGAGAGGAGGUAUGUCAGAGGUGAGAGCAGAUUCCGGCGAUUGUGGUGAUGGAUGUUGCGGCGUGCACUUUGGGAAGCGUGAUCUGGGGUUCGUCGGAGAUUGCGGCAGUUGGGAGCGAAAUCUACAGAGGAGAUCGGAGAGAGGCUUGCGCGGAGGAGAUUUUGGAGGUCGAUUUGUUAGGUCGCGGCGAGUUGCGGUCGUGGAGAGUGAUUGGGUUGCAGUCCAGUUGGUUCAUGGUGGACGGCAGGGAAUUAUAGCUGUUGCGACUGAACACCGGCGGGAAGAGAUUGGAAGUGGUGUUGAACCAGAGCUGAGAUUGAAAGAUUAA